AUUAAAACUUUAUCAACACGUAACGGUCGUUUAAUAUGUUCAUUAACAAAGACAAGAUUAGUCUAUUCCCAGUCCCAAAGUAUGUAUAUAUUUGAGGAAUCCCCACACGCUCUCGGAACUGAACACGGUCACAUGACUUAAUGGGUCAUGUCAAGAGGUGUGUCUCUUCCCCUUUGGUUUCAGCACAACUGAAAGUAACCGUGAUUUCUGACCUGAAGUGAACGAGGGCUAGGAGCUUAUGACCGAUCACCAUGAGUGAUUUCCCAGAUGACCGGCGCGGCAUCCAACACCCAAGAGCAUCUAUCUCAGACACACAGACGUGGGAAAAAGAGAAAAAAUAUGUGGUGUACAAAGUGGUUGUCAAUGCGGACGAACAAUCGUGGUUCAUCUUUAGAAGAUACAAUGAAUUUCAUUCGCUGUAUGAAAAGAUUCGAAGAUUGUAUCCUGAUGCAAACCUGAAGCUCCCUGGAAAGAAAAUAUUUGGAAAUUUGGAUCCGGAAUUUAUUCGUCAUCGCAGGGAGGGUCUAGAUGAAUUUAUUCAACAGCUGAUCUCUCAUAAAAAUGUGUGCCAACACCCUGAUGUGCGGAGUUUCCUCUCACUAGACAAGCAACGAAAUGCCCAACGUAGAGUUGACUCAGACAACUUUGAAGACGCCGAUAUAAUGAAUGGGAAAGAUGCCAACCCAGUUAAUCUGGGACCGAGUGAAAAAACAAGUGUUCGUCCCAGCGACUUUGAAUUCUUGAAAGUCAUUGGCAAAGGUAGUUUUGGCAAGGUGCUGUUAGCCAAACAUCGUGUGGAGGCUAAAGUGUACGCUGUCAAGGUGCUCCAAAAGCAGGCAAUCAUGAAGCGCAACGAGGUGAAACACAUCAUGGCGGAGCGGAAUGUGUUGUUGAAGAACGUAAAACACCCCUUCCUCGUCGGCCUCCACUACUCCUUCCAGACCCCCGACAAACUCUACUUCAUCCUCGACUACGUCAAUGGUGGCGAGUUGUUUUUUCACCUGCAAAGGGAGAGAUACUUCCCUGAACCACGUGCCAAAUUUUAUGCAGCAGAGAUGGCUAGUGCAAUAGGUUACCUGCAUUCCCUUAAUAUCAUAUACAGAGAUCUCAAGCCAGAAAAUAUAUUAUUAGAUUCCGCGGGUCAUGUAGUAUUAACAGACUUCGGACUGUGUAAGGAAGGAAUCGAAGGCAUGGGGACGACUUCCACGUUCUGUGGCACUCCAGAGUAUCUGGCCCCCGAGGUGCUACGAAAGCAGCCGUACGAUAAGACGGUGGACUGGUGGUGUCUUGGAGCGGUGCUGUAUGAGAUGAUGUAUGGAUUGCCUCCGUUUUACAGUCGCGACACGGCGGAGAUGUACGACAACAUCCUGUACAAACCUCUACGACUGCGUACCAAUGUCUCCUACUCCGCCCGGUCUAUAUUAGAAGGGCUACUUCAAAAAGAGAAGGAGAAUCGCACUGGCGCCAAGCGAGACUUCCAGGAGAUUCAAAACCAUGCCUUCUUCGUGGAAAUCAACUGGGCUGACCUUGAUGACAGGAAGGUCAAACCUCCGUACAACCCCAACGUGAGUGGUCAGUUGGACUUAAAACACUUUGACCCAGAAUUUGUUCGUGAGCCUAUAUCUGCGUCCAUCGGCCGGUCAGCAGGCAGCUGCAAGCUUGUCAGCGCUAGCGUCAUGGAAGCAGACGGCGUGUUUGAGGGCUUCUCCUACGUCCCACCGGCAGAGGAUGCGUUUGGCUGACAACACAUCGUGUAUCUGCAUUGUACAUAGACACAGAUGCAACUAUUUUUUGUGUGGAGUGAAGACUGACGACUGAAUGAAUGUGUGAUCGUUAAUACACUCAUGGGGGACGAUAUCCUUGUGUUUCAAAUAUCAGUCCUAACAUCAGUGAAUGUUAUUUGCCUGAUCAACUGCAGACAAUUGACCCUCACGGCAUAAAGCUGGACCUACUCCUUCAACAUGAAAAGAAGCAGCCUGUUGAAUGUCUAAACCUUUGUUAUAACAAGGAAAAAGAAUUUACACUUACUUGUAAUCACUACUAGUACCUCGUGUAUAGUGUAUACUAUUCAGGUUACAGAGGGAAGAAUUUUACUACAAAUUAAAUACACUACUCAACAUUUGCUAAGGAUAACAGUCACCUUGAGUGUGGUCCUUAGCAAAAAUUGAGUAGUAUGUGAUAUGCAUAUUGAAAUGUCCAUGAAAUGCAUCCAUCUUUGAUGGCAACUAAUGAGUGGUAAUACUGUUAUGAUAUUACUGAAUUUAUGGCUCUCCUAGUUAAUCAAUCCAUUCUGUAUCGUAUUUUCUUUGAUUUCAUGCUCAUCUUCAGUGCACAGCUAGGUCAGAUGGGAGCGUUUUAUGUGAAGCUGAGAUUAGCUUUAUCACUACAGUAUCUUGACUUUAGGAAGUGGUGUUUGUCAUGAAGAAUUUAUUUGAUUGACAUGAUGGACAAACCUGUUGCUCAGAAAUAGAAUAUUACCACAGCCAUAAAGGUUGUCUGUAGAAAUGGAACAGAUUCACAAAAACUGAAAUAUAUAUUUGAGAUUAGAGACGACAACUCCAGGCUUCUGGAUCUCGUUAGUCUGUUUCGGAUUGAGUUUGACCCGCACCCAAGGACGCCAAUCAACUGAUCACAGCAAUUACACUUCACAACAGCGGCAAGACAUGGCCAGGACACUUACAUCCUCAGGAGAAGACCCAUAGGAAUGGCCGCUUUGUUUAGAUAGGAAAUGACAGCAUCGAAAUGUCUCAGGUUGUUUCAGGAAGUCUCUACCGUAGUCAACCCAGCCAUGAGGUCUACCAAUUCCAGGAAUCCCCAUUAUAAACUCACAGCACCAGGCUGUUAUGGGUAGGUGGAGAGUUCAAGACAAUUAGGUGUGAACGUUUUCAAGCCUACUACCAUUUUCCAUAUAGCUAGGAUCUACCAAUUCCAGGAAUCACCAUUAUCAACUCACAGCGCCAGGUUGUCAUGGGUAGGUGGAGAGUUCAAGACAAUUAGGUGUGAAGGUUUUCAAGUCCCCCACCAUCUAUCAUAUUCCACCAUGAGACCAGCUAGGAUUUACCAAUUCCAGUCAUCACUAUCAACUCACAGCACCAGGUUGUCAUGGGCAGGUGGAGUGUUCAAGACAAUUAGAUGUGUAGGUUUUCAAGUCCCCCACCAUCUAUCAUAUUCCACCAUGAGACCAGCUAGGAUUUACCAAUUCCAGGAAUCACCAUUAUCAACUCACAGCGCCAGGUUGUCAUGGGGAGGUGGAGUGUUCAAGACAAAAUGAUGUCAAUGUUUUCAAGUCCCAUACCAUCUACCAUAUUCCACCAUGAGACCAACCAUGGAUCUAACACUUCCAGGAAUCCCUAUCUUAACAUGCAGCGCCAGACCAAACAGUUGUUACAGGAGACUGGGUGUGUGAGACCAGCUGGUGCCAAGGUCUUUGAGAAAGCCAAUAAUGACUUGGGUAAACAAUGGUGAGGAGACAGCGCCUACUCCCUCAGCACUCAGACUGGCAGAUUGGAUGCUGAGCUGGGUAUUCAAUACGACUGGCACCGUAAACAGAGACUGUCCUACUCCCAGAUUCAGGACAGAUCUGUUUCUGUCUCAAGGAACAUUGACCUCCCAGUGUUGAUCUCUUUCCCUUCAGGAAAAUUUUUAACUUUUCCAAUCCUUAGUGCCAUUUCACAUCAAUCUAAGAUAAUAAGAAAUAUAACAAUAUGUCAUUUUCAUAAAAACGUUUCCAAUUAUUGGUGGUGAAAAAGCCUUUAACAACAAUAUAAGAUAAAAUAAAAUAUAAGAAUCUUUUACUUUUAAGAAAAAAUUUUUUAUAAGUGAUUGGUAUUAUGAAUAAGCCUUUAACAUCAAUCUAAGAAAUAAAAUAUAAGGAUAUGUCAUAUUCAUAAGCAAGUUUACCAUUCAUUGGUAUGUCAUGAACAUGCCUCAAUGUUACCGUAAUAUAAGGAAAUGUCAGAAUCUGUCAAUCUAGUUUGUCACAGACACAUAAAUUUUCACAGACAAAAUUAUAUGGCUGCAUAAAGUGCAUUACAAUUUACAAUUCAAGAGUAUUUCUGAAAACCAGACUUCAUGGUAAUCUUGGUGAAUUAAUCUGACCUGAAGCCAUUGUGUACAUUCAUUCUCUGGCAAAUCAUUUGACAUUUUCGUGGCAUGUCGGUUUUUUUUGCAGCACUCAAUAAUAAGAAUCAAUGCAAAUUCCUCACUAACAGUCACUAGCAUGUGUCGGAAUUACAUCUGACAAGGGCAGUUCCAUAACAACGCCAUCAAACACAAAAUAGAAUCUAUUUGAUUAUCAGGCUUGCAUAUUCAUUUAAUGGUAGGAAAAAUAUUUGGUAAAGCAAUUACUUGUCAAUGUCAUGAUUAAUUUGUUGAAUUGCACAAUUUUAUUUCCUUGGAUAGGUAAGCAGCCAGGCUCUGUGCAUGAAUUUUCAUGAUUCGUUAAUGCGUAAGUGAAAUUGCCUGAUGGAUAUUGAUUACUGUGUGAUGCAGCUUGUGGCUGAAGCGGCUGUGAAGUAGCGUCCACCGUUGAUUACGCCAUGUGAUUGUGUCCGUCCCGACUUACGUAAUCGCCUUCCUUUCCUCCUUGUCACUGAUGUAGAUUCUGCAUGCGGUACCUGUGCUGCUCUCUGGGAUUAUGUUUGUUCCAGUCGAUGCUAGUGAGAGUCCGUAGCAGAGAGAGAAAAUAGUAGCCCAACAGGUCAUGUGCUUGCUUCUGAAAUAGAUGUUCCAGGUUUAAUUUCCAUAUAUCUUGGCCUCUUCUGCCUUGGUAUUGUGUGUCACAAUCGAAAACAUUUGUGAUGUACAGUGAUCCCUCACUACAAUGCUACCCUCGGGGUCCAAAUAAUUGAUGAGCGUUAUAGAUGAUCAGUGUAUAUCUUGUUGCAGGAACUUUCAACACCAGCAUACCAUGAUGUCUUAAGGGGCAGUCAGGUGGCCUGAACAGAAGGCCAGAUUUUCAUUCUCGUUGUUAUAAUUGGUAACCCCACAGGAAAUGAAUUAUUAGGUUUUCAUACUAAUGAUUAAAAAAUGUAAGGAGGGAGACAUUUUAUUUAUUAAGCACAAAAUGAAAUUUACUUGAACAUGAAUGUCAAGUUUGACUGUGCAUCUGGUGUGAACAUUUUAUAAUUAAUAUGUCAUUGUCUUAAAUCUGUUCUAUCAGACUCUUGCUGCACUAUGGCACUAAGUCUGUCUUCAUUAUCAACAUAAGCCAAGUCAUGAGUACCAAGACCUGUUCACAAAGAAACCUACCUGGAAUCACUCGCUUAAUUAGCAAAAUUUUCUUUGAUGCUUUCUGUACAGGUGAAACAUGUUAAUCCUUCAAAACCAAAGAUUUUGUAGAAAACAUUAUUAUUUAUCUCUAAAUCUCUAAAUGGGUAUGUUUGUGUUUUGUGGGUUUUUGCAAAGACAUCAACUGUUUCGUAAAUUGUAGUUGGAAAGUGGCAUCUCAUACCCCUAUGAUAUGUAUGGGAGUUUUAUACCGAGACUGACAUGGCAUAUUUAUGCUGUAAUCUUUUAAGGAGUAUUUUGUUUGAAUUCUUGUCACCAUUUUCAUCACUGUAUAAACAUUAACUACUGGUAGAUAGAAUAUUUGGCAAGAUUUACAUGAAAUAUUUUGUAAGAAAAUAGUUAAUCAUAUUGUUACGAAGACUAUUAUAUUCCUAGAAGUUAAAACUGCACACCAUUUGUAAUGCAUAUGAGGAAUUCAACAUAUAAAAUCUGAUCUGGUAGUUUAAUAGUUUAAUUCCUUGUUGCUAAAUUGUAAAGAUACAAACCAUUUUAACUCCAAAUGAUAAUACGGUCAACAUGGUCAAAUGACAUUGACAAAAGAGGAGGUUAUCAAAACCAUACACAAUGAGUUAUAUCUGUUUGCAGAGAUAGAGUGCCAGUGAAUAAACAAAAGUUCAUGAAACUAAAAAACAUUUGUUAAUUGCUACAAGGGAAUAUAUACCCAUUAAGCCCACCUGUGUUCUGUAAAAAAUAAUUGGUAAUAUACGCAAGCAAAUACAGACUGUCAUAUAAAUUGUCAGGCAUUGUUCCGGGCAGUCAGAAAAAUGACGUACAGGUUGGUCUAAAUGUAAGUCAGGGGGUGCAAUACUGGAGCAGGGCGUCGAAUACAUCGAAUACGGUAGUCGUGUUUGUGUUAUGAAAUUGAUUAUAUCGUGGGUGCCCUAGAAUAACAUGAUUAAUCAUGAUAACAGAAUUAUCAGGCUGCUUGUGCAGUAACAGUGCGACAAUGUGUCAGGACAGUCACUGACCCCAGUAACAACAAGCGGUUGUCAACGACUACAACAUAAGAUACCAAAAGUUUUCUUCAUAAAUAUUAGCGAUCAAUUAUGUAGUGUCCUGGUUUCAUUUUCACAACAAAAUUAGUAAAUAUGAAACUAUCAGUCUUGACCUGUAUGAAUCUGAUUCCUUGAGAUCAUCGAAGUAUUACAUACAUGUACGGUAAUCAAAGUCCCUUUUGACUUUCGCAGGGAUAUAUUCUGGCAUUUUGUUGUGAUUUGCUGCAUGUAGUAUGUAUGAAGACCGUCGCCCUUGUGUGAUACAGCUGCAGUAAGUGCCCCACCAUUGAUGAUGUACCCAAGGGCCUGGGAUGAUGGUGAAAGAAAUAAUCUUUUGCUGAAUAUCCUUGAAAAUGAUAAUCUGUUCUCAAAUAUCCUUGAAAAGAAUAAUCUAUUCAUGAACAUCCUUGCAGAGAAACAAUUGUAUGGUUUGAAGCACUGACUCAAUAAAUAUUCUGUCUCAAACAUAACAGAUCAGACCAUCCCAGAAUAUUAAAUGGCUUCAUUUUCUUAUUCAUAGACUUCCCAGUGUUGAUGUCGGAGUCCCUCUGAGGUGCUCCUGUAUAUUAUACAGGGGCCAAUGAUCAGCGUAGUACCACUGUUGUGUUUUGUACUCAAGCUGAGACCGGUGUAUUGCCAUGUUACAAUCUAUCAUUGUAACUCCUGUUGAGUUACUACCCAAUCGCUUGUAAAAUAUCAUUUACCGGAAAGUCAAUUUUCAUUAAUUCAAUGAUAGUAUUUCACUUUAAAAAUACUUUUUUUGAUUAAGACAGUUUGAGAUUAAAUGUGUUUUAUUGGAUUGGAAUGGAUUUUAAAAUUGGAUUCUUGCCUUUGGUUUUAUGAGGAAAUUUGUUUUAAGUGAUAUCCAAUAUUUUGAUAUUUGAGUGCAAAUUAAGUUAUGCUUCUUCUAGCUGAUAUUGUUUGGUUUGUUUGAAAUAUAUUUUUUACCUUUAUGGCUUUAUUCAAUCUUUUUGUAAAGCUAUUGUAAAUCACAUUUCACCUAGAUAAGUUUUGAAGAUGGAUGCAGUCUAGGGACAAAAAUCAAUUGAAUUAAUCCGUAGAGGUCCUUUCAGCAUGUCUGUCACAGAUGAGUAGUAUUAGACUAUCUCGGGUACCGUGUAUAACUCUCCAGUGCUCUUCCAUUAACAAAUGUCAUGCUCCAGACAGAAAUAUGGGAAUAAAAUAUGUAUUUCCCCGGGAAUAACUCCGUGUCAGUGCCAGGGAUAAGGGCAACAGGAAUGUUGUGGAGACAAAUUGAGAAGCCCAGGUGUUAAGAUAAUUUUACUUAUUGUCUGAAAGUAUCUUUUCUUUCAUUCAGUUUGAUUCUGUCAAAUUCUUACACACACCAGUACCAGAAUCAUGAGGCUGCUCGAGUCCUUCAGCAGUGUUGGAAACAUUAUCUUUGCCUUCCAGUCAAAGACAGGUAACUUCAAGAAUGGUUCUUCUUAGGAAAAUUAACCAUUUUCUGUCAAUAUUAUCAUGAUAUGUAGGACAUCUUAGGAUUUGGAGCAUUUCAGGCCCGCUUCCCCCUCUCUAUUAAGGUUAAAGUGUUGAAGGCUGAAGCAGGUUUAGCCAAGUAAGGAAGUAAACAGUAUUAUUACAUAGUGACAAGUCGGACUGUAAGUAGGGUAAACUACAGUUGUAACAAACUCAAAGGGACCACCCAUUUUAGUAUGUGAUAACUGUAGUUCAUAAUAAGCAUACAUGUAUAUGUAGCAUAUGUACAGGAGAUGGCCGGAACAAAAAAACACACCAAAAGUUUAGAUUUGUACCCCAAGUAACUUACACUAGUUGACAAUAUUUAAGAUUAAAAGAAUUGUUAAAUGUGUACCAAUUAUUGUUGAUAUGUUUCAUUUACAAAUAAAUAUUGAUGUUACUCAACAAAAAAGUUUCUUUAAUAAUCAAGGUCAUUGGGGAUUUCU